AUGAGGUUCUUCAUCUACCUAUGCUUCGCCCUCAUCUUACCAAUCGCAUGUGGUUCGACCUGGCGCCGCACUGGUAUCGGUCGGGUCGUGCAUGCAUUCUCGCACGAAUCUGGAAUAAUCGUUGUUUCGGAGCUUGGUAUAAUCGCCCAUCUAAAUGGGGAUGACGGUUCUAUAAAAUGGCGCUCUGCGCCACCUCCACACGGCGUACGUUUACUCUCAGUUGAUAUCGCCCCAAAAACUUCACGUGGAACCCUCGUGCUAUUUACAGCCUCCGAUGAGAAAGUUACCGCAUACGUCAUUGGGGAAACGAAGCCCUUGUGGCAGAGGCAUGCUUGCAACUUGCGAUCUUGCAACGAGCCAUCUGGGCUUGUGGAUAUGUGCGACGGUCGAACGCUUUCCAUAGAUAUUGCGACUGGCGAAGUCAAGAGUCUAACUGAGGGACAGCAAGGCGCCUGCUCUUCAAAAGAGACAAAUGCUUGGACCUCAGAGGAUGCCGUGUGGUCAGCAGAUACUCACAUAUCCAUGGAAUUGGGGCAAGUCCGGUCAUUUACUGAUGGGCGACUUACAUUGUCCCGAGGCAACAAAGUAAUCUGGUUGAGGGAGGAGGGUCUUUCCCAUAUUGCUGAAUCCGCACUUUAUACACCAGAAAACGGAAACAGCAGGUCGUCGGUUCUUGUCGCAAGAUCGGAAUUCGGUGUUGUGUACGGACUGGAUGCAGGCAGUUCAGGUCAAGUUCUGUGGAAGUGUAGUCUUGAAAACAAAUGUAGGUUGGUCACAGGCCAUUCAGAUCUCGCUGUGGUGGUGUGCGGGAACGAUGCAACUAGUGUUCGUGCUUUCCGCGUCCAAAAUGGUGACCUAGUUUUGCAAGAAACGAUUGAAGGUUUUGUCGCAGUCCAGGUACUGAUUGAAAGAACCCGUUGUAGGGACAAGGACCAGGUUUAUGUGCGAAUGCUAAGUUCUGAAGGUGAAGAGAUAACCAGUUCAAGCUCCUCAGGGCGCUCUGUCUCAGAGCGAACCCAAGAUCGCGGCUGGUUGUCCUUAGAUGCAACUAGAAGUGAAGUACGAGGACUUAGAAAUGGCGUGAAAACUUGGCGAGUGGUGGUACCAACGGACUCUACAAUCGUUAAAGUGGAAGCUGGGAAGCCGUUUCAUCCUGCCUCAUCCAGAAUAAGAGCACCGGCGAUACGCGUCACCGGCGACCGCCGCGUUCUGUUCCGUCAUGUGGACCAAGAGGUUGUCCUCGUUCUUUCAGAAAACAAGAAAGAAUCGCUCGUACAUGCCAUGCUAGUUGAUGCAAAAGCAGGGUCAUUGCUGGAGACUAUCACACACCCUGAGGCUGGCGACCCAGUGUGUACCACUCGCGGUGAGAGUUGGUUCGUAUACACUUUUUGGAACAACGUUAUGCUCGAACAGGAGAUCCAUGUAAUAGAUAUGUAUGAACCAGACGAAGAAGUGACCAGAGUGCACCACGCGUUACACGAAGCUGCAAAUUCAACACUUGGAAGUCGGGUAACUGGGGCCCUCAAGCUUCUAAAGAAAGAUGAGGUUGUUCAAUGCCCCGCGACGUUAAUAGAAGAAUCAGAACAAGGACAAUGUAUGUCGCAAAAUGCGCAGACACAGAGCGAUGCACCCAAGAGGCCCAUUAUUCUACGUUCAAGUAUGCUGAUUGCGAAACGGAUCACUGGUCUAGAUGUCACUGAGACAACAUUGGGCCUCAUUGAGCCGUCGAUCGCAAUAACGUUGGAGGCUAGUCAAGUUGUUUUGGUUUCAAGAAUUCUCUUGGACGCUCGCAGGCCAAAAAAUCCUAGCAAGUUCAGCUCCUCGGAGUACUUGAUCCCAUAUCGUCCACUGUUAAAUUUGCGGUCCGCAUCACCAGAAGCAAAAUACGUUUCAUUUGGUGAAGCUGUUCUAGGUCUCAAACAUGUUGCUAUCGCCCCCGUCAACGGAAGGGAGAGUCUUUGUCAAUUCGCUCUUGUUGGCACAGACAUCCUAUACACUCAGGAGCACCCCGUCGGAUCUUUUGAUGUACUUUCAGAGGAUUUUUCGUACGCAUCUGUUCUGGGAAUGCUUUUCACGCUUGGGGGCGCCUUAUUCUAUACGACAACCUUGAAAAAGAAGGCGCGUUUGUCAAAAUCAUGGUGA